GUCUUGGGACUGCCAUCACCAAUUGGGCAUCCUCAAACUUUCCGUCGCUGUGCUCUUCUCUCACGCUUGCACGCCCUGUCUUUGAAUUUUGAAUUCACUUUCCAUCUCCACAAUUGUGCCCGCUCAAGAUGAGUGCGCAGACGGACCCCGCGCAGCGAGUCGCGAUUGGAAUCUCCUUUGGCAACUCAUACAGUUCCAUUGCCUUUACGUCUGGUGAAGGCAAAGCAGAGGUUAUCGCCAACGAAGACGGAGAUCGCCAGAUUCCCACUGCCCUGUCCUACGUCGAGGGUGAAGAACUUCAUGGUGGACAGGCUAAGAGCCAGUUCGUCCGCAAUGCGAAGAACACUGUCGCUUACUUCCGCGAUUUCCUCGGUCAAGACUACAAAUCGAUAGACCCCUCACCCUGCCACCAGUCAGCGCAUCCCAUCGAGCACGAGAAUACCGUGGCCUUCAGCAUCCGCGACACCAGCGAAGAGAAGGAGAACACCGUUUCCGUUAUCGAGGCUACCACACGCCACUUGAAGCGACUACGCAGCUCUGCUUCCGACUACCUUGGAAAGGAUGUCAACGCUGCCGUCAUCACCGUACCCACAAACUUCACCGACGCUCAAAAGGAGGCGCUCAAGGAGGCAUCAACAAAUGCUGGCAUGCAAGUCCUCCAAUUCAUCAGCGAGCCCACUGCUGCUGUCCUGGCAUACGACGCCCGUCCUGGUGCGCAGCUGUCAGACAAGAUCAUCGUAGUCGCCGACUUGGGUGGUACCCGUUCUGACGUCGCCGUCGUCGCAUCGCGUGGAGGCAUCUACACCAUCCUCGCUACCCUUCACGACUAUGAAGUCAGUGGCUUUAAGCUCGACCAGGUCCUCAUGGACCACUUCGCCAAGGAGUUCAUAAAGAAGCACAAAUCCGCUGGAGACCCCAGGGAGAACGAGAGGUCGCUGGCCAAGCUCAAGCUCGAGUGCGAAGCCGUCAAGAAGGCUCUCUCUAUUGGCACAACCGCCAACUUCUCUGUUGAGAGCUUAGUGGGCGGCACCGACUUUACUGCGACUAUUAACCGUACCCGGUACGACCUUUUGGGUAACAAGCUGUUCGCUGCUUUCGCCCGCCUUGUAACGCACGCUGUUGAGAAGGCCAAUUUGGACCCGCUCGACAUAUCCGAGAUUGUAUUGGCCGGUGGCAACUCUCACACUCCCAAGGUCGCUUCCACCGUGCGCUCAGCUUUCCCAGAGUCUACCGUUGUCCUUGCCCCCUCCACCUCCUCGACAGCCAUCAACCCUUCGGAGCUCGCGGUUCGUGGGGCUGCCAUUCAGGCCAGCCUUAUUCAAGAAUUUGAGCUUGAGGACAUUGAGCAGAGCACACAUCCCAUGGUCACAGUCACACCUCACCUUUCUACCGCUGUUGGUGUGCUAUGCAUCUCUGGCGAUGAAUCCUCGGGUAGAUUUCAUGCCAUCAUCGACGCUGAGACACCACUACCCGUCCGACGCACUGCAACCAUCUCAACUCCCCGAGAGGGCGGUGAUGUGCUUAUCAAACUCGCCGAGGGCUCAAGGCAUAUCAAGGUCACAAAACCAGAACCCAAGCCCAAGGCCGAAAAGGACGCGGAGGAUGAGGACAGCGACGAUGAUGACAGUGAAGAGGAGGAGGAGGAGAUCCGGGAAAAGACAUGGAAGGUUGGCCAGGUCCUUAGUGAGGCCGCCAUCCGCGGUGUCAAGAAGGGCGGCAAGGUCGAAGUGCAGAUCAACAUUGCCGCGGACCUAAGCAUAAACGCUGUCAUUCGCGAAGUAGGCGGAAAGGGUGGCAUUCGUGGAAUUAUCCAGGGAAGCAAGGCGAACGGCAGUGCUUAG